UAUCGAAUCGAGGAGUAAAACCUCUCAAGUAACGAAUACGAACCUUCUGGUAAGUGGCACCUAAUAUAAAAGACAGACCCAACCAAAAAAAUGGCUACCACUCUCUGCUGCAGGGCGUUUGUUUCGUCCACCACCGUACGACGCCGUUCUCAACUGGUCGGUGCGUUUUCCACUCUCUCUUCUCCUUCUUCCUCUUCUUACAUCAGAACGGGUUGCGCCCAGUCUCUCCCCUUUGUUCGUCUCUUAAGAUCGAAGUUUAGUUCCCGAUCACCAGAUAAGACCUUCCGUGCUGUAAAAAUGGAAGCGAAUAGCGACACUGUUCCGAGCAUCGUUGUUUAUGUUACUGUUCCAAACAGAGAAGCAGGUAGGAAGCUGGCUGGAAGCAUUGUCAAAGAGAAACUUGCAGCAUGUGUAAAUAUAGUACCAGGUGUAGAAUCAGUGUAUGAAUGGGAGGGAAAGAUCAACACAGAUCCUGAGGAACUGCUGAUAAUCAAGACAAGGCAAUCCCUUCUGCCAGCACUCACAGAACAUGUCAAGGCAAACCACGAAUACGAUGUACCAGAAGUAAUUGCCUUACCCAUCAAUGGUGGCAGCCCCCAGUAUCUAGAAUGGCUUAAGAACAGUACAAGGGAUUGAAUUUCUCCAAUCUAGUAUGAUGGCGUGAGUAUGUGAGCGAGUGAAACCAGUUUAAGUAUUUGCUUCUAAUGGUUCUGGAUCUCAUGUAUAGUUUGUGUGAAAUGUAUGGCUUCUUCCAGCUUGAGUAAAGGAGGCUUUCGAUGUUAAAA